UGUGGGAACAUUUUAUUUUAAUUAAUAUACAAACAAACAAACAAACUAACUAACUAGAUGCAUAGGCCUUUGCCGCGCACAGCAGGACAGGGAGUAAUUCAAAGUGUGAAUGGAAGGGGAGUGUCUUUGGUGUUCAAUUUCACCCCAUGCCACCUCGAGGUGGAGUGUUCUCCACUUUUAAGCAUCACCGUGACACUUCGCUCUUCACUGACAGACGAGCCACAUCUCGGAGAGUACCACUGAAGACAAGUGUAGAGAGACAAGUGUAGGGCUUGUCACUAAACUUAAACGAAAUGGAUGGCAGCAGAAGGCAACUCGAUUUGUCCGGUCAUGCCCCUUCUCCUCUCUCAGUCCGUCUACAGGUGCCUGCCUCACUUCUUCGUCCACCGCCCCUCUUUCUCCGGGCGGCCGCGGCGGCUGCAGCUUGCAACUCCUCGCUGGAGAGAGGGUAUCCCCGGACUCCCAAGUGCGCCCGGUGUCGAAACCAUGGCGUAGUGUCGGCGCUGAAAGGACACAAGCGCUUCUGCCGCUGGAGGGACUGCGUGUGCGCCAAGUGCACUCUCAUCGCCGAGAGACAGCGGGUGAUGGCCGCGCAGGUGGCUCUGCGCAGGCAACAGGCACAGGAGGAGAGUGAGGCGCGGGAGCUACAGUUCAUGUAUGCCAGCCCAGGGGCGACCGAGAACGCAGUCACCCUCACCUCGCCAGCUGUCGGUUCAGGUGCUCCAGGCCUGACUGCUGCAACACCAAGACCAGCCUCAUUUGACCCCUUUGGAAAUGGUGACCACAAAGACGAUGAGAAGUUGAUUAAAUAUAAUUUUUGCAACGGAUUUAUGGGCCGAUCCCUUUUUGCUCCCCGUCACUCUAUGCUGCCCUCUCUGAUCGAGAGGGAUUACACCUGUGGGGGCCGGGAGAAAACGCAACAAGAUUUUGACAAAACCAGUGGAAGUCCCUCACCAGGGUUCGACCACAGAUCUGAUCAUUCUGCCAGUCCACGGUCACAGUCAUCUUCUGAUCCAGAAUCUGGCUGCGAAUCGGAAAAACCCAAGGAGUGUACCUCCUAUGAAUUAAGCGGGACAAGUGCCAUGGAAAAAAACAGGGACCCUAUCAACGUAAUGAUGAAGAUCUUCCCUCAUUUACAGCGCGACACUUUGGAGACGGUGCUGAAAACCUGCACGGGGGACAUAGUCAAAGCCAUCGAGAUGCUCCUAAACUCGAAGGAGAAUAAAUGCUCCCCAGAGAGCAGUGGAUUGGCUAAACCAGACAACUCCAGUGCCCAGAGGCCAUCCACAAUCCGACCCCUAGGCGCAGCUUUUGGCGGUUUCGGCACCAAAUCCGCUUUCUCUCCGCUCCAAACUACGGCGACAGGCGCAGUCGGGAACGACGGCGUGUAUCUGAAUCCGCGCUUUGGCAUCUCCCCACUCCGUUUGGCUUACUCCACAGCAGGUGCAGGAUUACCGAACUUUAUGUCACCUUACGUGAGCUCGGGGCUUCUGCCUGGUUUCCCAUUUCGACCGCCACUGGACUAUUCCUUCCCCGGCAUGAUUCGUGACAUCUCUUGUCUUCAAGCCAAAGAUGCUUUCCCCAAUGCCAGCAUUUAUUCCCAUCUCAACAACGAAAAAUGA